AUGGCCUCCACACCCAGCGCUAUCUCGCACGACAACGUGUUCAACUCGGCUGGCCUCGCCAUUGGCCUUGGAAUUGGAGUCGGUGCAACCGUCAUCGUCUUCAUCAUCUUCGGAGUGGGCGCCAUGAUCUGGUAUCGCCACAAGAGGGCGCACACCUGCAAUUGCUCCAAAGUCGCGGACUUGUUCCCCAACGUGCGCAGGUCGGUUCCCAUCCUUCCACUCCAGCAGCAUGCUCCCACCGAGUCGGCUUUCAGGGCGCUGCCUCUCUAUCCCUUCCAGCAACUCGUUGGCGGGGGGUCGGUACCGAAGCCCGAACCCUUAACUCCCUUCCAGCAGCAAACUUCCCACCAGUCCGAGUUUCCCCACGGCUCCCACCACCCUCACCGGCAGCACACUCACCAAGGGUCAUUCCUCUGGCCGCCACUCUCGCCCCCCUCACUUCCCGUCCAUCACGGGAGUGAGAACAGCUCCCUCCGGCGCGCCAGCCCCCCGGCCCAAUACCAGCCAGCUGCGAUGGCGCCACUAAUGCCGACCCCAUAUCCACCGCGAUCCAACUCCACUCCUGCCCCGAGAUACCAACCCGCAAUUGGUCCGUCGACUCGCCAAAACAACUCAGGCUUAGUCGAUGUACUGGAGCGGGCCGCCGCAGCAACUUAUCCGUCUGGUCUCUUGGAGUCUAGUGGCUCCAGCUAUGUGUCGGACUACGACCAUCCAUGUACCCAGUCAUUUGUCGACCUCACAACCCGGCCAGACCUCAUUCCACCGUCCUACCUUCUGAAGCGACCUCGCCCCUCCCUACCAGCCAGUUCCGAGGGCGACCGUCAUCACGACAUGACGGUCGUGGCUGGCUGGCCGGAAAGCCCACUCAAGGCGACGCAAUCAGAUGCCGAUAUUACGAGUACGUCCCGAAACCGCUCGGCCAAGGCGACAGGCAUCACAGGCCGGGUAGACGGCGGCGUCCAUGUCCCGGCGCCCUUGGACAAGAACAAGGACCAGUCGUCCCACUCGGACGACGACCCUCGACUCAUUCUCCAAUCCUUGGCGUCCUCGGACACAGGCCUGCCACUCCAUAAAGGCCUUGCUGGCCCCCUCACUCCAUAA